AUGGCGUUACAGACCACAAUCCGUUUACUGCUAUCGCUGGACCCUACGAAACGUCCGAUAGCUCGUGCAAUUCUAGCAUCGCCGUUCAUCGAAUCGGGUCCGAUCAAGACGCUUCGGAUGUUGCAGAGUUUGGUCGGGUUUGAGCCGGUGGUUCAAGCAAAAUUUCUGACAACGCUACCUAAAGCGAUCGAUGGCUUCUCGCCGCGUGUGCUCCGUGACAUGGUGAUCCCAGGCCUUCACUUAGUGGUGACCAACAAGGCUAUGUCUCCAUUUGUCAUCACGCUGCUACUCAAGAUCGUGUUCAAGGUCGACAAGCAAAUGUUCUCGCACUCGGUUGCAUCAAUCGUGAUCCUGCUGCUGGCGAUCACGGAGCCUGUCCAGUGCAUGCUGGUGAUCCGUGUCUUAGAACUAGAGACGCUCAUCCCAAAGACAGAGGACGCUACAUUCGUGGCCACAUUGUUCCCAUGCUGUGCCGGGCACUCGAUAGCACAGUGCCCAAAAUUUUUAACACGAUGCUCGACAAGAUUGAGUGAACAAUGUCAACUUCUCUCCACCGUAGCCGUCUGUGCGGAUCAGUGCAUUGCUCUGGCUGGCAAAGUCGUUCAACGUGUUUGA